UCCUCCGAGCUAGGGAUUGGGCGGCUGGAGGAUAACACGGCUCAGGAUGGUUAUGGAAGGGCAGGCUGGCAAGGGGCUCGGGGUCAGUAAUUUUGGUUAUGUUUGGUAAUGUUUUGCACUUAUUAUAUCAAUGUACUGUUUAUGUUUAUACAUGUUACCAAAUUUUGUAUCGUAUGUUAUACAUUUUGCACUGUUGUAUUUUCAAUAAAGCUGUGGCCAUUAUCAUUCCAACAAUGAUAUCGUCACGCAGUUUUUAUUGGUAAGUGAGGUGAGCGAGUGUAGGUUGAUGCGUGGGUCAUGCACUUUCAGUAAAGUGUGUCUUUUUACACCAUAUUGAAAUGAAUUCACCAUUAAAACAUGCAUAACUGCGCAUUUAUAAUUUUGCACAUUUUGUUACAAAUAAAACUUGUGUAAAAAAUGUGGUUUGGGUUUUUCUUUUUCAGUACAAGUAAAGUACAGUACAGUACAAUUCUGCCUUUAGGGGAAUUUUUCACAUACCUCUGUAUUCUGACAACUGUUUUGUUGGCUUUAAUUUUACCUUUUCUUGUACAGUAAUGAGGAAAAUUAGCAAGCGAUUACUGUACAGGGCUGCGUAUAUAAGUAGCACUUUAUAAAUAAAGAUAUAUAUAUACACUUAUACACAGUAAUGUUGGUAAUGCUUUAUGGCAGAGCUUUAUGGCAGAGCAGUCAGUGAAUGUACUGUUAUGCAUUUUACUGUUUGGAUUAAUACUGCAGCAAAAUUGGAACUGAAAGGGGAUGUAAACAUUAACAUUCAGGAGAACUGUAGCUCCACCGUGGACCUCAGCUCUCAGCAUUCUCCAGGAUUUUAUCAGAGAUUAAAACAUUACAGCAGCUGCAGCCCAACAACCAUACAGUACAUAUGGAUUUUCAAACCAACAACAAUAGUGAUGGAUUCUGCAAAUAACACUGUAUUUCACACCUCUUUUUAGAAGUCCCACAGGGCCUGUGGCUCAGUUUAUAUAGGAGAAUCCUCCAGUGAUAACCCUACCCACUGCUUUCACACUUGAGUCUCUCUUCUUGGUUAUAUAUUAUAAGCAUUAAACCAUUAUUUUCUAGAUCUCAGUACCUAAAAAGCACUCUUUAUUGGUUACAGUUUAAUAUUGGCAAGGAAAACUGCAAGGUAUAUUAAUAGAUAGCAGCAAGACUGAUGUAGAGCAGCACUGGGAGGACACCCCCCUGGGGUGAGUGGGCCUGGGUCAGUAGGGACCAUGGAGGCCAGGGCCUGUUUCCCGGUGAUCCACCAGCGCAGUCCGACCCUGGCUGCCCUAGGCAGUGAAUUAUUCCCUUAUUAUCUAUAAUUAACUUUUGGCAGGCUUAGCUUAGAGAUCUAAUCAGUUUAUGUUCCAUUUAAUAUUUUCCGUUUGACUAAUAGAUAAGUACAAUAUGCAUUGGGUUACUUUAGCCAGACACCGUACACCAAGGUAGCAAAAGAAUACCCUAAACUUGCUAUAUGAUAUCUGGCUGUUUAUCUUUAUUAGCUUUUGAUGUUUGCACAGUAUACAUAAAGGGGCCAUUAAUACAUAAAUGUUUAGCACUACAUUAUUUUGUGUCACAUAAAAAAUGUUUUCCGUAACAAUGGUAUUAUUUUCAAAGGAAGAUACCGGCAUCUUCCUUUCUCUUCCACUUUUAAAUAUGGGACACACCCAGAUAUGAUAUUUGAGUCAGUAUGAGACCUGAGAAGCAAGAGGAAUGCCUGAAUUGCAGAGCUAUGAGCUGUGAUCGUGGAGAAGUCGUAAAUCUAAACCCAGGUCUUCCAGUAACUGACCAUCAGAUUGGUUUGUCUGGAGAAGAGCAGCCAUGAACUGGGGUGUGUAUGAAGCACUUAUUACAGGUGUAAAUAAGUACUCUACAGAGUUUGGACGUCUUUGGCUUUCUAUUGUCUUUAUUUUUCGGUUUCUGGUGUACGCACUCACAGCAGGUCGGGUUUGGGGCGAUGACCAGAAAGAAUUUGUCUGUAACACCCGUCAGCCAGGAUGUACCAAUGUUUGCUUCGACUACUACUUCCCUGUAUCCCAUGUCCGCCUCUGGGCUCUUCAGUUGAUUUUUGUAACAUGUCCAUCCCUCAUAGUUGUUAUGCAUGUGGCUUACAGGGAGAACCGAGAACAAAAGAGAAGGGAAAAAUUAGGAAAGGACUGUGAAAAAAUUUACAUGGAUACUACAAAGAAGAGAGGAGGACUGUGGUGGACCUACCUCAUCAGUCUUUUUUUCAAGGCCGCAGUGGACUCAGUAUUUAUCUACGUUUUUUAUCGGCUCUAUGAAAAUUUCUUUCUGUCUCGUUUAGUGAAAUGCUCUCUUAAUCCUUGCCCUAACAUUGUGGAUUGCUAUAUAUCUAGGCCUUCAGAGAAAAACAUCUUCACUCUCUUCAUGAUCAUCACCUCUGCUGUUUGCAUUCUCUUGAACCUAGUUGAGGCUACCUAUCUGAUUGGCAAGAAGUGCAAGGAAACAAUACAUAAAGGGAAUAAUAUGACUCUUCAAGAGAGAAUUGUGAAAAGUGGCCAUAAAGACCAAGAAAACAAAACUUGCAAAGAGCAAAUUAAGGUUGGAAUACAUUGUAAGACCUCAAAUAUCACUAAAAUAAAAGUAGACAAUAUUUCAAAGUAAUGCACUUUUGUAGUUAGGUGGUUAUACAAAGAAAAUAAAAAUUCUACAAUGCACACAGGGCAUUUUACUAGAUAAUCCCAAUACAUUUUAAAUCAUUAUAUUAUUUAUAAAUGUAUCUCCAUCUGUGUUUUAUAAAUAACAUGCAUAAAUAUAUUGUCCAGAGUAAAUUAAUUUAGCAAUAUAUUUAGUUGCAUAGCGCAUCCUUGUACAAUACGAUGCACAUAUUUCAGGCUUGGAUGGGGUGCUCAGCUCCUUUGGUCUGUGGAUUCUGGCAAAUGCUAGAGGGGCUGCUCUAAAAUGCCAUAAACAGUCCCUAUUUAUUGGGGUUGUGGGGGGAAUCCCAGUCCGGACCUGGCUGCAUAUCUGCUGUAUAGACUACUUAUACAUUCUGACUAACUGCAAGUGUGAUGUUUUUAGGAUGUAUAAAGGCUUGUAUUGCAUCAUAACAGGAGAAACUGCAGCUAUGAGGAUUUGUGAAAUAUAACUUUUGUUGUUGGCAUAAUGUAUUGUAAUGCAAACUUACAUUGGCUAUGUUGUAUGGGUAGUUUUAAAUAUAAACUCAUAUUAUUCAUUAUAUCUCCUGAGUACUCACCACGAGUUAUAGAAAAAAGCAAGAACCACCAACAGUGGGAGUUAUUAUCAAACACUAUUAUCAAAAUAACUUUGCUAGAGAAUUGUACACUUACAAGUUUUCUAUAUUUCUGUCAUUACAAAAAUGUAUAUUUUUUUAAUAAAAAUAGCUGAAACUAC